AUGCGGCCCAGCGGACACAAUUUACAUGCGGGGGAGAGGAGUUGGGGGGCCUCAACUACCCCCAGCAGCAACAGACCUGAGCUACCUCUCUUUCGGAGGCCCCCGCUCAGCGUUCAUCAAACUGUGCGCACCGUCUCCCUCACGCUGCAGCAGACUCUGCCAGACCGUUUGCUGCAGCCCCCUCAAGAGACGGUGACAAGCCACUCGUAUUCAGAACAUGUUAGGUACCCUUCCCAGCAGCAGCAGCAGCAGCAGCACUUUCGCCCUCCCAGUCUGCAGCAGCAAGCAAGGCUUCGGCAACAGCAGCAUGCGCUCGAUGAGCAGCGACAGCGGCUGCUGCAGCAGCACGAGCGAAUCUGGCAGCAAAGGCAGCAAGGUCAACACGACUGGGCGCAGCAGCACCUGCCUCCUCCUCCUCCCCCUCCUCCCCCGCAGCAGCAGCAGCAGCAGCAGCAACCGUUGCGCUCACGCACUCAUGCAUUUCAGCAGCAGCAGCAGCAGCAGCAGCCGGAGUGGGAGCAGCGCGAAAUAGUUAUAGAGGUGGAGAGCAUCUGGCAGGUCCCUCAAAGGAGAGGCCCCCCUACACCUAAGCCUUGGCUGCAGCAGCAGCAGCAGCAGCAGCAGCAGCACGGGAACACCCGCCUACACCACGGCGCUUGGCAUCAGCACCGGAGAUCCCAGCAUCCAGAUGAGCAGCAGCAGCAGCAGCAGCAGCAGCAGCAGCAUGACUGGCCUGCGCCUGAUACUCCUUCUUGGUCAGUUGCCUUCGACUCCUUUAAUGAGUUAGCUCGGCUGUCUCAUCAAGAAGAAAUGCAUGAACAGAAACGCAAGCAGCAGCAGCAGCAGCAGCAGCGGCCUUGGAGGCCGCACGAAGCAAGAAAUGCGCCACAGCUGCAUGCAGCGCGGAUUCGUUCAUUACGUCGUUCAAACUUCCCUGCUGCCUCCCAUCAGCAGCAGCAGCAUCAGCAGCAGCAUCAGCAGCAGCAGCAGCAGCAACGGCGUCGUCGGCAGCAGCAGCAGCAGCAGCAGCAAGAUGAGGAGGAGCUAGGCCCUAUUAUAACUGAUAGAGGGAUUGGCAGCACCUUCUCCCCUACACCGAGCCUACCUUCUUCAAUAGAGUCUCCAAUUAGCCGCCCGCUUACUCCUUCUCGCUUUGAGCACGAGCUGCAGCACGAAUUCUAUGGUCGGAUGAUGCAGUGUAUACAAGAGUCUCACGACAAGCAUGCGCAGCAGCAGCAGCAGCAGCAGCAGCAGCAGCAGCAGGAAAAAGAACAGCAAGCUCAACCUUCUCCUACCGCACAAAAUACACAAUAUGUGCAGCAUGAUGCUGCAGCAGAUACACAGACACAAGGAUAUGAUAUUCAUACAGCAGCAGAACCAGCUCCAGAACAAGCAACAGCUACAGCAGCAGAACCAGCAGCAGCAGCGGCAGCGGAAUCAGCAGCAGCAGCAGCAGCACAACCAGCAGAAACAGCAGAAGCAGCAGAAGCGAACAAACACAAGCCAGGAAAGCCUCAAGACCCAGAUCUGCAUGGGUCUCGGGUGCCGUUGAUGCCGAAGCGCCCCAGGCGGCAACAGCACAGGCGGGAGAGGCAGCGACGGCAGCAACAGCAGCAGCAAGAUUACCCUCACCUUCAGUAG